AUGCAGUGUCGUGUCCUCUCCCUUAUAUUUUCCACGUAUCAACAACCAUUUCAUUACCCCUUGCGAUUCCUCAUAUGCAGCCGCCCUGAAUCCUGGAUCCGACAAGAAUUUUAUCGAUUCAGCGAGCUCACCAAACAUAUUGAACUGGAUGAUUCAUUCCUCCCCGAGUAUGACAUCGAACUUUACCUCAAUCAGCAGUUUCAGGAGAUCCGAAAAGAUCCCAGAUAUUCACAGGUUGUGUUCCCAGACCCAUGGCCGGCUUCUCGUGAUGUUCGCUUCCUGGUUGAGAAAGCUGAUCGCCAAUUCAUUUAUGUAUCGACUGCCAUGAUGUUCAUCAAGGCGGAGUACACGAUUCCGACUGACCAGCUUUGCAUCAUCCUCGAUACUAUAUCCAACCGGUUCUUCCAUUCCUCGAGAGAGUCGCCCUUCAAUGAUCUGGACGAACUCUAUCUCAUGAUAUUGCGUGCCAACCCUGACCGCGAUAAGCGUCAGCUCCCCAUUCUCGCAGUGAUCGUCGUAAUUCAGGACACAUUUCCAGCAUUCAUCGAGCUCCUACUCGGAUACUCCCCUGGCACGGUUACUCAGACGUUACGUGCAAUGCACUCCGUGCUUGACGUCCGCGAUCGGGAGGAUAAAAUCACGGUUCACCACAAAUCCUUUGCUGAUUUCCUCCUUGAUCAGGCACGGUCAAGGGGGUUCUUUAUCGAUAAGUUGAUGUGGAAGGACUCUCUGGCCUGUCGCUGGACUAAAGCUCUAGCAGAGCAAUGCAGAAAGGAUCCUGAGCUGCUAAGGAGCAGCAGACGCUCAGCUUAUUCAAAGUCUUCAUGGAAGUUGGUACAGGAAUGGAACAACAGUGCCUGCCUUGGAAUAGUGAGUCAUAGUAUGAGUAGUGAGCUGAUGUCGAAGGUCGAUGCUUUCUACCACGUGGUUUUGUCCAUUUCCGCGGAGUCAGUGGGUCACGACAUGCUCCUUCACCUACUUGCUGCCAUUCACCUACUUUCGUCUGGUGGUCCCGAUUUCAUUCAACUAUUGCUUGGACUUCGGAGAGAGGAUUUAGACCAGGCAUUGCAAGCAAUGGACACGGUUAUUUGGGACGAACACUCACCGCGUAUAUUGGUCACUUCCCUUCGUAGAACUUAUAGAUUCUGGGAUUUCCUAUUUGACCGAGAACGGUCACAUGGCUUUUUCAUUGAAAAAGACUAUCAGAGUGACUUUAUUGCGCAGAAAUGUCUCCAUCUUUUCCAGAUGGAUGAGGGCGUAGAUAAGACAUUGGUCGAAGAUUGGGCUCGCAUCUGCACUGAGGUCGACAAUCCUACCGAGGAAUUGUUGUUCGAGCUUGGCCGUAUGGAUUUAGGUGGUACCCUCACGAAAUCUCUGAACUCUUCGCAUGAUCUGUUUCGUGACUUUAAAAUGAUCUCAACCUGGCUAACGUCUAAAACUAACAGCGUAGCUCUCCCUAAUCUUACCGAUCAAUUCGAAAACGUCCAAAGAGGAUUUCAACUCCGAUACCCGGUACAGACCUGUUAUAUAUCCCAGCUGGUUGUGCUCAAGUUUUCAAAGCAGUCGUAG